GACGGACAGACUUGUAACGUUGCCCAAACACGAACUCGGAGUCUGAUCUGAUUUCCAUGCAGAACUCAUUUUGUGACUUCGCUGUUGGAUUGUCGGGAUCAGCCCCUCCCCCCUCCCCUGAUCCCAGAAGGAAGACGGGGGGGGGAUUUCCUCUCCUCCUUCCCCCCCCCACCCGCUCAACACUUUCCCUCCCCUCCCGGCACAUCCUUCUCUCAUCCCGCCCACACAAUCCCAGAUCCCGCCCCCAAUACAUUGCUCCUCCUCCUCCUCCUCCAAUCCGGCUUCGCUCCGGAAAUGAGGGGGGAGCCCCCCUCCCAACCUGCCUGCUUCUCCCGCAAGUGAAGCGUCCACUCCGGAUUGCCGCUCUAUCCCGUAGAUCUGGGGGGGGCGCUUUCGGAAAGGGGAGGAGGAUGGGAAGAGGAGGAUCCCCGCCCAACGUGGAUGUUGCAGGAAAGGAAAGGAGAAUCGGGAGCGAGGACAAAGAGGCAAUGUCAGAGUGACUGACAAGCUGAGAUACAAUCCUUCAGCAUCCGACGACAACGACUCCAUGAAUCAUCCUAGUCAAAGGACCCAUUUUCAUGAUAGACAGUGCCUGUGGCUGGAGGCUCUACACACCGGGUGUGCCUGUGCAGGCCAAAGACUGCCAGUAUUAGCACAGGGCCUGCCUUCACCUGCAGCAGAAUUCCCUAAUACACCAAGGAUUUGAGACCCAUCAACUAUCCUCGCCUGGUUUUGCCGGCUGGUUGAAGCGAUUCCUGGGAUUGUGGCCCCUGUUGCAUGCUGACAUCUUCUGGAAGCCACAGGAUUUCCUUUCCUCCCACUCUGAAGAAGGUGAUGGAGAAGACAUUCAGAAUUCCAGGGGAUGGGGCACCUUUCAUUUCAUUAGGAAUAGAAAUUAAAAUGUGUGAAAUGUGGGAUAUGCUUCAUUGAAUGAGCACACAUAGCUCACAUCAAUGACUCCAAGAGGGGAGAAAACAUUUAAAGGUAUGGAGAGUGGGAAAAGUUUCACUGAUAGUAGAAAACUUAGAACGCAUCAGCGGACUCACAUGGACAAGAAAGGAUUCCAAUGCAGGGAGUGUGGGAAGAACUUUAGUCUAAGAGGACUCCUCAGUAUACACCAGCGGACUCACACAGGGGAAAAACCAUUUAAAUGCAUGGAGUGCGGGAAAAGCUUCCGUCAGAGUGGACACUUAAGUGCACAUCUACGGAUUCACACGGGUGAAAAACCUUUUAAAUGCAGGGAGUGCGGAAAGAGCUUCAGUAAGAGUGGACACUUAAGUUCACAUCAACGGACUCACACGGGUGAAAAACCAUAUAAAUGUAUGGAGUGUGGAAAGAGCUUCAGUAAGAGUGGACACCUCAAUAGACAUCACCAGACUCAGACAGGGGAGAAACCAUAUGAAUGCAGGGAGUGUGGGAAGAGCUUCAGUCGGAAUGGAGAACUUAAAUUACACCAGCGAACUCACACUGGUGAAAAACCAUAUAAAUGUAUGGAGUGUGGCAAGAGCUUCAGUCAGAGUGGGCACUGCAAUAUGCAUCAACGGACUCACACAGGGGAGAAACCAUUUCAAUGCAUGGAGUGCGGAAAGAGCUUUAGUGAAAAUGGAGCCCUUAGAAUACAUCAACGGACUCACACAGGGGAAAAACCAUUUAAAUGUAUUGAGUGCGGAAAGAGCUUCAGUCAGAAUGCAGACCUUAAAAAACAUCAACGGAUUCACACAGGGGAGAAACCAUAUAAAUGUAUGGAAUGUGGAAGAAGCUUCAGUUACGAUGCAGGACUUAGAUCACAUCAACAGACACACACAGAGGAGAAACCAUAUGGAUGUAUGGAGUGUGGAAAGAGCUUCAGUCGGCUUGGAACCCUUAGAAUACAUCAACAGACUCACACAGGGGGAAAACCAUUUAAAUGCAUUGAGUGUGGAAAGAGCUUCAGUCGAAAUGGAUACCUUAGAACACAUCAACGGACUCACACAGGGGAGAAACCAUUUAAAUGCUUGGAAUGCGGAAAGAGCUUCAGUUACGGUUCAGGCCUUAGAAGACAUCAAUUGACUCACACAGGCAGGGGGGAAACCAUUUAAAUGUAUUGAGUGCAGAAAGAGCUUCAGUCAGAAUGGAGACCUUAAAACACAUCAAUGGACACACACAGGAGAGAAACCAUAUAAAUGUAUGGAGUGUGGAAAGAGCUUCAGUCAGAGUGGACACCUCAAUAUACAUCAACGGACUCACACAGGGGAGAAACCAUAUAAAUGUGUGGAGUGUGGGAAGUGCUUCAGUUUCAAUGCAAUGCUUAGAAGACAUCAACGGACUCACACAGGGGGGAAACCAUUUAAAUGCAUUGAGUGCAGAAAGAGCUUCACUCAGAAUGGAGACCUUAAAUUACACCAGCGGACUCACACAGGGGAGAAACCGUUUAAAUGCAUGAAGUGCGGAAAAAGCUUCAGUCAAAGUGGAAAUCUUAGAAAACAUCAGCAGACACACAGGGAAGAAACCAUUUAAAUGUAUGGCAUGUGGAAGGAGCUUCAGUCGGAGUGGAACCCUU